AUGGGGACUGCCGAGCCACUCCCCGAGCAGUUGUUCCUGGAUAUCCCCGUUUCCGAAGCCCGCCAUCUACCACCCGGCAUGGAGCUGGCCGAACCGUGGGCCACCGAGUACUCCACCGCGAUCGGGGAGAAGCGAUACGGGGACGCCAUCUGGGCCCGGUACAACAUCUUUGGCGACACGGUGGACGGCAUGUACACCGAAUGGAGCUGCACUGACGAUGGACAAUACACCGAAUGGAAAGUCCGGGUGGAAGAUGCAAUCCUGGAGGAUGCUCGAGGGUAUGCCGAGGAUCGGGAGCUGUACCAAGAAGCUCUGGAAUUCUACGGGGGCACCAGUCAGAAUGACUCUCGGCGGGACAUUAUCGCCGCCCUGCACCGCAUUGGCCGACAGCCUUAUCGCCUGUAG